UAUCUUAGCUAGUUUCUGCAAAAAAGAGUCUAUUUUAGUAGGCUGAGCCACUCUGGAGUGAGUGCCGCGAACUACAUCUCCCAUCAGCUUCCCCCCUGUAAGCAACGCAAGGGUUAAAAUGUUUGGGAAAGAAUCUGAGGAAUUUCUUUCCUGUGAAAUUUGGCCAGACAGUCGUAGAGCGAGCGAACGAGAGCGAAAGAGCUCACUAGCAGUAGUGUUGUGAUGGAGGCGUUUAGAAAUGUCCUGCUAUGAUGGAGUUUGGAGUGUUCAGUGGAAAUAAAGCGUUAAGAAGAACGUUGUUAAGUAAGUUUUAAACCAAGGAUCCCUUUUUGCCACUCCCCAGAGAAAACACACACACAUAUUCGGGGGGGAUUCAGUUAUGGCUGAACCCCUUCUGAAGCGGACUUUCUCGAGGUUGCGGGGCAAAGAGAAAUUCCGUCGGAAAACAGACCCGAAGCUCGCUGAUGUCCAGGGGAAGACUCCUCUGGACCAGGGCUCUUCAUCAUCGUCAGCGCUGACCUUCGUCGGUGCCGAAGUGGACAGCUCGCUCGCCGAAGACUUUACCAGACGGACGCAGAUCACCGUGGCCAAGAAGCAGAACUGGGCGAAGCAGGCGUCCACGUCCAGGGAGCAGCCCCGCGUGGAGGCCACUCAGGCCCUGGUGCACAGAGCUCAGGAAUGGGAGAACUCCUCAGGAAAGGCCCAGGCCUCCAAGCCGGCCUGGAGCCAAAAGACUUUGAGCGAAGACGGCGCGGAGAGCCAGUGUUUGGACUUCGAGUGGGAGGCUGUGCCCUCCAGCCCCCUGUGGGACUCCAUCGACGCGGCCCUGCCUGACCUGGCCCCCCCGCCUGCGGCCACAGGAUACACGGAGGUCAGUGUCGCCUCCUCCUCCUCCUCCUCUUCCAGCACGGUGCGGCUGGCCGGCCACGGGGCCUACCUCCAGAACCUGGAGAGGAGCAGCCGGGCCUGGGUGCUGUCCACGGGAAAGACCCAGGCUUCGGAGGAGGCCUCGCGCCUGCUCGCCGGCGGCCUGACGGACAGGAAGCAGACGGCCGACGGAGAGCACAACAUCUGGUACAACCCCAUCCCCGAGGAGGAGGACGCGCGGGUGGAGGACAGCGGCGGCGAGUACGGCGACCCCUGGAGGAGGAGAGGGGAGAGGGGGGCGGAGGAGCACAGCAGGGCCCCCAAACCAGGCGCCACGGGGAGCAGCGCGGCCAGCAGCAGCAGCAGCAGCAGAGGGGCCCAGGGUGCAGCCUCCAGCACCAGCCCCAGAGACACGGCUGAGCUGGCCUGCAGCAGCAGUAGCAGCAGCAGCAGGAAGGACAGCCCAGAUAUGUCGCAGCAGAGGGUGCAGCAGGCUGAUGUCCAGGCGGUGGCUGGACCCUCCGGCAGCAGCAGCGCAGGUGGAGGUGCGACCUCCUCCUCUUCGGACAACCCUGCUCCGGCGUCCAAGAAGUCGGGCGCGUCGGGCGGAGCGGGCAGCAGCAUGAUGGAGCGGAUCAAGUCGCCGGGCACGGUGCGCCGCCUCUCCAUGAAGAUGCGCAAGCUGCCCGAGCUGCGCCGCAAGCUCAGCCUGCGCUCCUCGCGCUCCCAGCGCCACGCCAACGGCCCGGGGGGCACCGGCGCCCACGACGACGCCUCGCCGCCCAACGCCCGCAAGGAGUCCUCCAACAACGUCAUCAGCCGCUACCACCUGGACAGCAGCGCCCCGCCCGCCCGGCCCCGCCGCCGGGCCUCCCGAGCGCGCUCCGCCGACAAGGGCGGCUACCUCAGCGACGGGGACUCCCCCGAGCUCCUGCCCAAGCAGGCCGGCGCCGCCUCCUCCACCGCGGGCUCCCAGGGCUCCGGCUCGGCCGCGCCCCCUCCCCCGCUGCACCAGGGCGGGCAGGAGGCGCAGGGCUCGGGCUCCGUGGUGCCCCUGGCGGACGCCGGCUCCUUCCGCAUGUACAGCCUGGCGGAGCAGCCGCGCUGCGGCCAGCGCAUGUCGGGCCUGCUCACCGUCCACCUGCUGGGCGUGGAGGAGCUGACCCGGGCGGCGGCGAGGGCCGACGCGGGCAAGGAGGUGUUCUGCGCCAUCCAGGUGGACGGCGUGACGCGCGCCCGCACCUCGCUGCUCACCUGCCGCGGCGCCACCCUGCCCCUCAACCACACCUUCAACCUGGAGCUGGAGCGGGCGCGCCUGCUCAAACUGGUGGUGCUCACGCCCGUCACGGGCACCGCGGGCACCGGGCAGCCCACCAACGGCUCGGUGGCACCCACACGGAACCGCGUCUGCUGCCUUGGGGCCGUGGCCAUCCCACCACUGUUCAGAGGCUCGCGCAGUCAGCAGCUGUGUGUGCGUCUGGAGCCGCGCGGGCUGCUGUACGUGAAGCUGACCCUGCUGGAGCAGUGGGAGGCCCCGCCGCCGCGCCUCAGCGAGCUGCCCCCACCCAGCGUCUUCGGCGUGGAGCUGCGCCACCUGGUGGACAAGGAGGGCUCGGCGCUCCAGGUGCCCCUGCUCAUCCAGAAGUGCGUGGCCGAGAUCGAGAAGCGCGGCCUGAAGGUAGUGGGCCUGUACCGACUCUGUGGUUCGGCCGCGGUGAAGAAGGAGCUGAGGGAUGCGUUUGAGAGGGACAGCACAGCGGUCAUUCUUAACGAGGACCUGUACCCUGACAUCAACGUCAUUACCGGCAUCCUGAAGGACUACCUGCGUGAGCUGCCGUCGCCGCUCAUCAUGAGGACCCUGUACGAGGUGGUUCUGGAGGCCAUGUCCUUGAGGCCGGCCUGCCGGACCGACGUGGACACCCAGCGGAGCCACACCACCGUGUCCCUCCUCCAGUGCCUGCCCGAGCCCGAGAAGGCCACCCUCACUCUGCUGCUGGACCACCUGAGCCUGGUGGCGUCCUUCUGCGACAGCAACCGCAUGACGUGCCAGAACCUGGCGGUGUGCUUCGGGCCCGUGCUGCUCACGCCCACGCAGGAGUCCUGGAUCCCCGUGGUGCCAGGGGCGCCCGCCGCCAUGCCAGCCGUGCCCGCGCAGCACAACGCGGGCCGAGGGGGCCGAAGCUUCGCCCACAGCGAGGACAUCGCCAGCGCCGUGGACUUCAAGCGCCAUAUCGAAGUCCUGCAUUACCUGCUGCAGCUGUGGCCCAUUCCCACAGACAGGGUCCCAGACUCCCCCUCUCCUUCACCGGUCACCACUGAGCACCCGCCUCCCUCCCCCACCCCCGCCCCACACACGCUAUCCCACAAUGCCCUGCAGCGGCGAGGUCAGCGGCUGCCCCUGCGCCUGGACAUGCCCCAGGAGGCGGUGGUCUCGCGGCGUGGGCGUGGCCGUCUCGAGAGCCCGCCCUGCAACCGCUACGCCGGCGACUGGAGCCUCUGUGGGCGGGACUUCCUGUCGGGCGGCGAGGCGGACUACGACGAGGUGGCGGGCAGCGACAGCGACGAGGAGGACGAGGAGGACGAGGACAUCGGGCAGACGACGGCACAGCCGUCAACCGCCGGCCUCUACGUGGACGACUUCGCGCUGGACUUUGACGCCCCGUUCACCUGCAGGCUGAGCCUGAAGGACUUCGACACGCUCAUCUCGGACCUGGAGAGAGAGCUGGCCAAACAGAUCAACAUCUGCCUCUAAGACCGGCACCGCGCCGGGAACGGACGGAGGGAUAGAGAGAGGAGAGGAGAGGUGAAGAGAGCGGAAAAAAGGUGUCAGGUUCCGAGGAAGGUGACGCUUCGCUUCUCGGACGAAGACACGAAAUGACCAAAGAAUGACGACAAGCAGCCUCAGCUGCUUCAGAGAUGAUGACAUGUAUUUAAUAAUUCCUGGAGGUCUGUUGAGGCUCUCUGCUGUGUAGCAGCCCCAUGUGCCAAAAGCUGCUCGUCGUCUGCGAGCGAUGACAAGACCCAGACAAAAAAAAAAAUCAAAUCUUGUGUUCAUUUAAUGUAAACGUUCAACAUAUCACUUGACAGACUGCUAAUCCUAAACUAAGCUAUUGACAAUCAGUGUUUUGGAGAAUUGAUACACUAAUAUUUUAGAAUAAUCUAAUUCUGUCAUUGUGGUGUCUGUGUGGUGUGUCGUUUAGUGGAAAAGAAAAUGAAUGUUUAAUGAUUUUGCCCAAUAUUUGUGCCAAAGUUCCUUAUUUAUUAUUUGUAUUAAAUUAUGGCUUUUUAUUGGCUGAUUUAGUAUGACAUUGCCCAAAAUGUGUUGACAUGGUGUCGGUCAGAUUUGUUAUGUAACAUUCGACCGUCAUAAUUUUGCACAAUGAGUGAAGCAUGUCGGUAACCACAAUUUCCUAUGUUCAUCCAAAGAUCUUUAGACGGAAAAGCACAAGUUUGAAAAAAAUGGACACUACUCAAGUAUCACAAACCUACAGUCACAAGUUCUCACAUACUUUUGAACACAUGGUAGUGGUUUUGACUUUGAGGAAAAAUACUUGUUCAUGGACCUCACUGACCAAAGACUUGUGUGUUGCACUUCCUGUUUCCUAGUUGAAGAGACUUGUAUUAGUGCAGCAGUGUUGCUGUUGUCAUGUUUGCUGUCAUCAGCAGUAUUUGUUUUGAUAUUUUUUCCACGGUACAAUACUCAGCUAACUGUGAUUUAUUGAAGCCACAGAAGGAAUGACAAGGCCAUAUUUUAGAGCAUUGCUCCUUAUGCAAUAAUGACACCAUAUUUUUUGACAUUUUGUAUUCUAUUUUGUUUAGUUAUAUAAACAAUAUUAUUUUGUAUUGCACAUUUACAGCAAGCACUUAUAUUUUAUGCCAUAUAACCAAGUGUUCAAAUACACCAUUCUUGUUAUGAAUUUGUACUGUAACAAACCAUUCAGUGUUAUAAACCAAAAGAAGAAAACAAUAAAGCACAGUAUUAUA